AUGAAGGGGAAGAACAAGUCCUCCUCGUCGGUUGAGGCCGUUCGCCUCGUGCCUCUGCAGCAACUAAAGAGCCUGGAGGCGAAAAUGCGGAGUGUGUCUGCCGCCUCGCGCGGCGCCUCGCCUCCCGCCUCGCCUCCCGCCCCGCCGUCGCGGCCGGAGCUGCUGACCGCGACUCCGCGUACGCGCAGAGAAGCGGAGAAGCCGAAGAAGCGCAGCAACAAAAAGUGCCCUGUGGAGGUAUCUUCGCGGCGGUCGCAGCGGAUCCUAGCGGCGCCCGUUGCGUUCCCUGCGGAAUGGCGCUCGGGACACGGCGGAGAGAGCGACGCGUCGGAGAGCGAAGGGCGCCCGCUUUCGUUGGCUGUCGCGUCGUCGCGGGCCUCGUCUGUCGAGCCGCGCAUCCUGAAGCAGCGCGAAGCCGCGCUGCAGAUGCACAUGAAGCGUCUGCGGCACCUGGCGACGCAGAGCAAGAAGAAGCGCGAGGAGGAGGCGCGCGAGAAGGGUCGUGAUCCCCGCUUCAGCGCUGCCUGCGGUCCCCUGAACCUGCGCAUGGUGAGCCAGGCGUACGCCUUCCUCGACGACAUGCGCAAGCAGGAGAAGGAGGCGCUGCAGAGUGUCGUGAAGACUGGAAGGCGAGCUGCGGGCGACGACGCAGGGGGGCGGGCGAAGCGGUUGCGAAAGGCGACUCUCCAAGAGAGAGAAGACGCGAAGCGCGAGCUGCAAAAGAUGCAGAGUCAAGACGAAGCUCGCAAGCGCCGCCGCGUCGAGCUGGACGUGCGCCAGAGAGCCAACAGGACUGAGAGAGAGAAGAUCGCCACGACCGGGAAGAAACCCUUCUUCCUCGGCCGCAAAGACCUCCGGAAACUGGUCAAAGAGGAACUCGACGCCACGCGCGCAGGUGGAGCCAAGAACCGCGUGAAAAUCGAAGAACGAAAAAGUAAAAGGAAACUCGGGAUCGAACGCAAGCGCGAUCUCGUCCCCGUGCGACGGAAUGCACAAACCGACUAG